CGCCGAGGGAGGAGGGGAGAGCAGAGGGAGCCUGCGAGCUCCAGGGCGCCGCCAGGGCCUGGCCCGGAGCGCAGGGGACCCCGGGGCGUCUGCCACCCGCCCGCUUCUCAAAUGCGCAGGUCGUGCCCCGAGGCCAAGUGACUUUCAGCCUGUGCCCUGCCGCCAUCACGAAGCGAACGUUUUAAAUAGGGGAUAUUUCUGUUGCUGUGUUUUGGCAUUUCUUCCUAAUUUUCUGUGAACCUCAGACGCUCGCGGUGGCCACGAGUCGUGUGCCAUGAGUGGCCUUGCGGGGCCCUGCCCCUGUGCCUGCCUUCCCACGCGGCCCCCAGGUCAGGCCUCCACCACAUUUCCGCGCCGCCCCGCCAGGCCAAUGCUACGAUCCUUUUCUCCUUGUCCGUCCGAGUUGGGAGGGAGGCGCCAGGAGCCUGCAAGAGACCGCUCCUCUGCCAAUCGCCCCGUCUCAGCCAAGGACACCUAGACGCUGCCCCCAGGCCCUGCCUCCUUGGCAAGCAGCCUCUGAUCGGGCCUGACCUCUUCCCAGAGUUGCUGAGAGCCCCGACUCUGAGCUGCGGAUCCCCAGCCUCUAGCCAUCUUCUGCUCAGUCUCCCAAACACCCACCCCCUGUUGGACUCUGAAAGCAAAAGGCAGGGAGAAGCAAGAGUCCACCGCCCUUGAGCCACCUGUGGCUUUGCCACUCACUAUUUCACUGUGAAGAGUCAGCUGCCUGGGCAGGUAGGUCACUGCCACCAUGAGUCUGGGCAUCAUGGAGGAGGAAGACUUGGCCGAGUACUUCCGGCUGCAGUAUGGAGAGCGGCUGCUACAACUGCUGCAGAAGCUCCCCAAUGUUGAGGAGCAGUCGGAGUGUCCAUCCAUCCGGUUACUGGAGAAGAAAAAAGAGGCCAAGAUCAUGCAUCAUGCUAUGGAGCAGAAGAAGGAGACAUUUCAGCGCAGAAUGGAAAUCCUGAACCUGCGCUGGGAGGAGCUGGGUGUCAAGGAAGCCCAACUGAAGGCCCACAUCCAGAAGUUUGAGCAGUUUAUCCAGGAGAAUGACCAGAAACGGAUUCGAGCCCUGAAGAAAGCCAACAAGGAGCGCGACCUCAAGAGGCAGCGCAUGCGGGAGCUGGCCAAGGCCAAGCAGGAGAUGACCACCCUGCGGCUGGAGCACCAGAAGCUGACUGUCAAGCUGCAGAACUACUCCAUCUUCAACAAGUACCUGGAGAAGGUGGUGGAGAACUCCGAGUUCGAGGAGAUCCACGAGGUGAUCGCGCGCUACAAGACGCUGGUGAGCAUGCACCACGAUCUCAUGCAGUCGGCGCAGGAGGGCCAGGAGAAGAUCGAGCGCGCCAAGGCGCGGCUGGCGCGCUACAUGGAGGAGAAGGACGAUGAGAUCCUGCAGCACAACAACGAGCUGGCGCGGCUACAGAUGCGCUUCGACCGAGCCCGCAGCGACGUCAUCGUCUGGGAAUCUCGCUGGGCGCACAUCCAGAACACCGCUGCCAAGAAGACCCUCCUGCUUGGCACCAUUAAAAUGGCAACGCUGAACCUUUUCCAGAUCGUGAGCAAGCAGCUGAAGGAUGCAGCCGGCGUGUCGCUGGAGGACACGCACAAGCAGCUGGACAUGAUCCAGCAGUUUAUCCAAGACCUGUCAGACAUCUGGGCCGAGGUAAAGAAAAAGGAACAACAGCAAAUUCGGGUUUAAGGAGGCAUCAUGGUUCCAGAAUGUUCCAAGAUGGAGAUCGUGAGAGAAUAAGCUCCUGGGGAGCUUAGGCAGCCCAGUCCAGCCACUGAGGGCCCCCGUGCCUUUCUACUGGUGAAUGACUACCUGGUUAUUUUCUCCUGGAGCCUCAGUCUAUCCCUGAAAUCAUUAUAUGUUAAACAAAU